CAUACAAUGCAUACAAUUAGAGAUUAAGUAACGCGAUUGUGAAUUGUGAGAGGCUGGCAUGAGAGCUGAGAGAGUAGAGAUUGUAACGAUGAUAUUAUAGGUCAGAUGUGUCUUUCACUUUCACGUUGCAACAUCGAUCUCCUAAGAAAAGCUUCGUCCACAAAUAUCGAUCAACUUUGUCGUGAAGGAGUAUCAUUACCAUAAAAAUGGGACGCUCUUGUUGGACUUUAAGAGUUUUCAUCCAACACGUGAUGUUUAUUUUCUUGGCGCAGUUCAACGUUUUUAGCACUGGGAUUGCUAUGCGAACAACAUCGUUUUCAUGUUUAAAUCGGACUGCUGGCUUUUAUGCGGACUUGAGCACCAAUUGCAAAUUGUAUCACACCUGCGAUGAGUAUGGAAACAAAUUUACAUAUUACUGUCCUAAAGAAACCGCAUUCCGACAAGACGCCUUGAUAUGCGAUCAUGCUCAUCUCGUUCAGUGCCAAGGACACAACGCGACAGAAUAUGAAGAGGCGAACGAAGAUACUGAUUCCUCUUGCGUGAGAAAUUCACAGAAAAGCCAUUUUUCAUAUACAACGGAACCAGUAAUAAAAAUGAACAAUAAAAUGGAACAGCAAUCAGUCUUUAACUUUAAACAAACAAACAAAAAUGCGAGCAACAAAACAGAAAGUAAAAUAAUGAAUACACUGUAUUCAUUGAACUACUUCAAUUUUACUACGAACGCUCCUAUUGAACGCACUAAAACACAAUAUAAUAAUAUAGCUACGACAAAUCAGUAUAGAGCCAGUUUUUCUAUUCAAAAUCCAAGCCUUUACGACAAGAAUAAAUUGAACAAAAAACCGAGAAUGGAGCAACAAGGAUCGAACCAAAGGACAAGUGAUUUAAAACAAUCGUCAAACACAUUUUCUGGGAUUAUUAGAAAUGCAGAAAAUAAUGCAAAAGAUUAUCAAUCUACGAAAAGUUCUAAUAACUUUUUACAACCACCUCUGACGAAUUACAGGAAUUAUCCAUACUUGGAAACUUUAAAAUCUAUACAGAAGAACACAAAAAUUCCUUCUACGACAAUUGGCAUUAGAGCAACGAGCAUCGUGGCGACUGCGACUGAAUUACCUGUGCACGCUUUAACAUUAUCUUUAAAACCUUUGGUACCAGGUGAAUUAGAAUACGAUCCGUAUUAUCCAAGAGUUUCAACGACGACGGAAUCAUACUAUACACCCAUGCACAGUGCUAAUGAAUCGUUAUAUGACAAAACUUCUACCAGUACGACGUGGUCGAUUAGCAAUUUUGAACUACCAUCUGUUUUGCCUGACUUGAACUUUUUGCAAGACAUCGUCGAUCGUAGAAAAUUGCUAUAUAUUGCUCCGCUGAAAUAUAAUUAAUAUAUUCAAAAGCUUGA